AUGCUUCCUCAGCCUCGCACACUCACACCUGCACAGAAACGCAGUGCCCGUUUCAAGAAAGCUCAGGCAGCGCUUACUCCACAACAACUCGCGAAGCAAGAUCAACAAAACCGAGCACCAUCUAUUGCUCCUAUUGUACACAUUACCGCAGAGGAACUGAAAAUGGCAAGGCGUUGGUUUUCUGAGUUUAUGGACGAUUUGUAUCCUGACACAGACACGGAAGCCACGUACUUUACACCUGGUGCUGACAUUCCCGAUACAACUAUUCUGAAGGAGUAUGCACGAUAUCUGGCGCGUUCCCGGGUUGGUCGAAUCUCAGAUAAGCUCAGCGUCAACUCUAUGCAACACUACAUGGGCAUGAUCAUCUCUAUUAUGCAACGCAGCUGCCACCACCCAUCUCAAGAAAUGACACCAAUGCGUACAGAGAUCCGAAACUUUAUUCGUAGCGAUCUCGUACAACAAGAAGGAAUCAGCACAAAGAUGCAUGUUAAGACGGUCGCUCAUACGGAGGACGUAACGCGUGUCUUAUCGAACCUCUACAAUCCACAAUACCUCAUCACCUUCAGCAGUAUGCGAACUGUUCUCAACCUAACACUUUACAUCCUCCUCAUGGUUGAUAUCUGCGGGCGCGGCUGUGAUAUUGCUCGGCAUCCCCAAAGAGAGAGCCACAUGUGUCUCCGAUGGGAAGACAUAGAUUUCUUCUCUUUUCAAAGUGAGAACGACGACUCAAUGGACAUUAGGGCACAAAUUACAGUCAAGUGGUCCAAAGGACAAUCUCUCAACGACUCCGAAUAUCGAAUCAUUCCUCUCGCAGGACUGCUGCCGACUUCGCACGCUAUGCAAGAUACACUUCGCAUGCUUCUUACACUGGCCUUGCUAGAUGGUGUCUUUGACGGCGUCCAAACUUGGGAGGACCUCUGCAGCAUGAGACUUCCCCCCAAUCUUGCAGAGACUGGAAGGUUGAUCGCGAUGAAGCCUGCUAUGAUGCAUAUUCCAGUACUUCGCCGUAUGAAGGAUCGGAAGGUAGUAAACGAUCCCGUCCAAACCUUGGAAAUGCAGACAGAGAUUCGCCGCCUUGGAAAAUACUGCGGGUUCGAUCAUAGGUUCGUGGCUUACUGUCUUCGCCGCGGAGUGGCAUAUAUACUUGCAACUCAUACGACAAAAGAGAACCGCAGAUUUCUGAUGGGCCACAAGCCUGGCAGCAAGAUAUUUGCGGCAUAUCAGUCUCGCACGUCAACCAUUGACUUUCCUGCUUUGUUCCUUGAACUUGCGCUGGACCUUAUCGACCCACGCCUACUCGAUGCCGAUAUCGACAACACCACGCAAAAUAGAGAUGCUCUCGUCGAAGAAUUGUUCGGUGCAGCUGAAGACAACAAUAGAAGUGAGGAAGAUACGAGCACCUCAACUCCAAUAGACACCGUUCUAGCUUCCGCUUCAUCCCAGAUUGCUCUACACAGCCGCCCAGUCGAUGUGCGUGGCUCGCUCAAAAAUCGUACACUUAUCCAGCGCGGCAACUCAGCAUACGAUGACUUCCUAGCUGAUAUCGAGGCCAAGGAAACUGAGUCAGAGAUCAGUCAGUGCAUGAUUCGAUGGUAUAGCGUAUGUCACAGGCCCGAUGAGUUCCCAGUUGGUGAGGAGCCUCUACCAGGCACGUACAAUUGCCGGUUCUGCGGAGAAGAUCUCUCUCAAUUUCAUCACGCACAUGAGCACACUCGCGCUUGUGCUAGAGAAGAUGCAUCCGUAAAAGCCCAAGUUCUUCUGGACACACUCGCGCCACUACAUCAACCUUGCCAAUACCAAACCUGUGGCUCUAAAGGGACAUUUGGUCAGUUUGUUGUUUGCGGCGAGACCUUCACCACCGAGAAAGAUCGAGGCGAACACAUGCGAGGACACGUUCGCACAAUGACCAAGAAAAAUGCAGCCAAUGAGAAAGUACCUACAUGCUUCUUCGGUGCAUGUGCAGCAAAUCCACAAGGUGGAAGGCUCCGUCGAGAUGGUCCAGAUUUUGCCAACGAACACGAACGACUAGCUCACGUGUGGUCCGCACACCAUGUCAGCACACUAAAGACUACAGGCAUCAAGUACUGUGAAUACUGCUCAACCUGGCUGAUUGAACCUCACAUAUGGAUCACACAUGCAAUCGGAGAUUUCGAUGAGGCUCAAGCUCUUAUUAAAAGUAUUGGCUACUGCGGUGUCCAGGCUGGCCGUAGCAUACUUCCACGACUAUGUCCUUUUUGUUUCCACAACGACUCUCUCCCCAUCCACGAGCGAGUCGAAACUUAUACUCGUGAAGGCCACCUCACACACUUUCGGGACCAUUUGCGGGCGUUUACAACAGCCAGUUGCCCGUGCUAUCCAUCCAUGUGCACACAGUCAGGCAGUAUGAACGCUGUUCAAAUGCAGCAGCAUAUGGCCAAUGUGCAUGGCCUUGAGUUACCGCGCCGUAUGAAUCCGCACAAAGCCCCUCAGGAAGUCGAACUGAACGAAGGGACGCCCAGAAAAAAGACAAAGACCAAAAAAUGA